AUGGCCUCCAGCAUGUUGGAAGAAGAUACAAAGGCGUCCCCGCCUUCACAGGCAAUCAAGGUGCCUCGUCAAAAACGACUCAAGGUCAAUCGAGCCUGCUACACUUGUCGAGUUAAAAAGAUCAAGUGCGAUGGAUUGCAGCCUUGCAUGCAAUGCAGAGCACGUCAACGGCCCUGCUCAUUUGCGAAGGAUGGACCAGGAGAUGAUGAGCCAAUAUUGGAGCAGCAACAACAACAGCAACAGCAGCAGCAACAACAACAACAGCAUACGGCAGGAACAGAUACAACUUUACAUACGAUUGCAGAUGCUGGAUCACUUGUAUCUCGAGAGAAUCAUUCACGCAAAGAAGGCAGUGGACGACGUAGCAAGACGGUGAUGACUGAGGAGCAACGAGAGCAAUAUCAGCGAACGAAUGAAGGAUUGGAAGAAUUAAGUACAGCAUGGCCGGGGGAAGGACGUGAAGGAAGAUGGGUCGUUGAUGAGCAUUUGAUGUAUCCUCGACAUUCUUGGCUUCGACAAUUGGAUCGAAUACCUGAUAAUUCAAUGGUGAUACAGCAGCAUUUGAUCACUUUGUUUUUUCGUCAUCGUUAUCCAGUAUUCCCUAUCAUUCCUAAGCGUCUACUUUACGAACAUCUCGAACAACGAGGACCAUUAUGUACGCCAUUACUCGUUUACGCCAUUUACGCCCAUGCCGCCAUAUUUUCAGAUGAAUAUGCAUCACAAGCCAAUACCUAUUAUACACAUGCGAUCGAUUUACUAGAUGAUUACCUCGAUUACCCACGCGUCAGUACCAUUGCCGCCUUAUGUUUGCUAGCACUUUAUGAACCAACACGAAGGGAAAAGGAUGAUGACGAUUAUCAACAAGUACGUGUCAGCCGUACGCGUGCUCAAGGCUACAGCAGUAUGGCAAUACGGAUGUGCUUUGAAUUGGGGAUCCAUAAGCGACAUUUGGUGAACGAAUUGAUUGGAUCAUCACGCAGCGAAGGCGAGCUACACAAACGUGUCCUUUGGGGAUGUUUUUGCUUGGACAAGAUGACCAACGUGUGUGCAGGCAGACCAUGGGCUAUGCGUAGUGGUGAUAUUGAUUUGGAUAUGCCUCUUUUGCAACCGGGCGAUGACAUGGAUGAGCAUGAGACACUUGAAGCUUUUGUGGCACUUAUCAAAUUGCUUCAAAUUGCCGAGCAUGCUUUACCACAUCCAAAUGAUACCGCUGCCGUGGUGGGUCGUUCCUAUGAACAAGAACAACUUGCAUUCAACUUUGACAACAAUUUGCUUCUAUGGUUACGCUCGUUGCCUACACAUCUUCAAUGGACACCAUUUCCGCAUAUGAACACAGUACCCACUACACCUCCUCCCAAUGCUAUUGUCGCCCAUUUGCACUUGUUUUACAACCUGAUCGAGUUACACCUGCUAUGGCCACAUUCAGCAACCAGCGAGAAGGGAUUCCAUCCCCGAUGCACUGCUAUUGCUAUCAACUUGACGCAGCUUGGAUGUUCAUUUGCAGAGCAAACACACUUUUUAUUAUCGUAUUCGUUUGCAGCGGAUGCACUUAUGGCAGCUGUACGUGUUCAUGUGCUCAAUUGUGGAAAUGCAACAUUGGCUCGACAAGCACGGUUCAUGUUUCAACGCACGAUGCGCACCUUGCAAAAGUUGUAUUCAAGUCGUGUGAUUCCUGAUGUGGAUGAAUUUGUCACGUGCAUCAAGACUGCUUUAUCAACAGCAAGUACUGCCAAGCAUCAAUUCCACAGAGCAGCAUCGGAUGGAGUAACCAAUACAACAUCGGGUGGGGAGGUAACAGCGACAGCGGCAGCUGUUGCACGAAUGAACCAAGAUAUGGUACACAUGGCCAGUGGUUUAUUGACGCCACCUGCGACUUCAGCUACGACGACAACGACUACGACAUCUACGAGUGCUUCCAAUACACCCAAUCACCAUAGCAACAGUAGCCAUAGCAACCAUCAUCACCAAUCAGCAACAGCUCCACCAGCUGCUAUGCCAUUUAAACCUGGUGUUGAACGAGGAUUACGCAUGGUACCUUCUCGAAGUCAACAGUUGUACAAUCCCACGUAUUUACAAUCGGGUCUAUUUCACACGGCUCCUCCUAGUUGGCGGUCGCAGGCGGCCGAUCAUACCCAGUAUCAUCAACAACAACAGCAAUUGCAGCAACAAUUACAACAGCAGCUACAGCAACAAACACCCCAUCAACGAGCAGCAUAUGCAUUGGAUUUAUUAUCCUCAGUGGAUGAUUCAUGGCAGAAAUCAGCUGAAGCUAAUAUUGACCAAUUCUUGUACAAGGAAGAUAACAACAACAAUCAUCAGCAGCAUCAGCAUCAGCAGAGGAAUGUAUUCUCAAACGACUCACUGGAUAAUGCGUUUAUGCAAAAAGAAGAGCAUCAUCAGCAGCAACAGGAUACAAAAAUGGGUGAAUCAACGACAGCAUCCGAGAUCGAGGCAUUGGUUGCACAAAUACAUGAACGUGAAAGUAACAAGGCGACUUGGGGUUCUGAAAACAACAACAGCAAUAAUGAUAAUGACGAUAUUUUGUAUUCCAUGUGGCAACAAGGCGAUAAUACCACCAACAACAAUCAUACACCAUCGACCACCACAAGUACACCAACAACUACCACAGCCGCAUCCAUUCCUAUUCAAAGUGGUUAUAUGAAUAUCGGUUUGGGUGUCUAUGCAUCAGCCCAUCAGCAUCAUACGGACGUCAUUCGCCAGCAUUUUCCCAACGCAUCUGAUACUACUACUACUUCUACUACAUCUUCUCGAUCACAACAACAUCAUACUGUACGACCCGUCAUUCUUACACAUCAAGGUCAUGUUGUUGUGGCCGGAUUAGAUCAAGAUCACCACCAUCAUCAUCUUGACAAUAGACAUCCACAAUAG